GCCGCCGAAGCACGCCCCGGCAAGCAACCCGCAGUGCCGCAGCCAGCCUCCGUCAUACGGCGGCGGAGGCCGUUGCUCCUCCCGGACGCUUCACUUCGAAGCCACCGCCGGCCGGCUACUUAAGGCCGCAUCCUUCCUGCACCUCUCACUCACUCCCCAACGUGUUGUGUGGAAUACACGGACUGGUUAGUGCGAAGGUAUGGGUUCGAAAGAAGCGCCCUGUCGUGCUCAUGCCAUCUUCUGCCUCUUGCUUCUGUUCUGCGCGGGGACCAAGUGUUUGGCAUCGGAGUUUGAGGUCACCCAGGAGGCAAGCCUCAGUGUUGACGCUUCACCGAACCUCGCUCGAAAGAUCCCUGACACGCUGUUUGGGAUGUUUUUUGAGGAGAUCAAUCAUGCCGGGGCUGGUGGAAUAUGGGCAGAACUUGUUAGCAAUAGAGGUUUUGAAGCUGGAGGCCCUCACACUCCAUCAAACAUUGACCCGUGGUCCAUAAUUGGAGAUGAUUCAUCCGUGUUUGUAGCAACAGAUCGUAUGUCAUGUUUCAGUCGAAACACUGUUGCUCUAAGAAUGGAGGUUCUCUGUGACAACUGCCCAGAUGGUGGUGUCGGCAUUUACAACCCCGGGUUCUGGGGCAUGAACAUAGAAGAUGGAAAGACCUACAAUCUAGUUAUGCAUGUUAAGUCGCCGGAAACAACCGAGCUGACAGUUUCACUAACAAGCUCUGACGGGUUACAGAUUCUGGCAUCAGCUGCCAUACGAGUAUCCGGCACAUCGAAUUGGGUAAAAUUGGACCAGAGUUUGGUUGCUAAAGGAACAGACAGAACCUCAAGACUUCAAAUAACAGCUAACAAGAAGGGAGUUGUAUGGCUUGAUCAAAUAUCACUCAUGCCUUCGGAUACAUACAAGGGACACGGUUUCCGCACAGAACUUAUAUCCAUGCUUAUGGAUUUAAAGCCCCGGUUCUUGAGAUUCCCUGGAGGCUGCUUUGUUGAAGGUAGUUGGUUAAGAAACGCAUUCAGGUGGAGGGAUUCUAUUGGUCCAUGGGAAGAGAGGCCUGGACACUACGGUGAUGUUUGGAAUUACUGGACAGAUGAUGGCCUUGGAUAUUACGAGUUUCUUCAGCUUUCUGAAGACCUCGGUGCUGCCCCAGUCUGGGUAUUCAACAACGGAAUCAGCCACCAUGAUGAAGUUGAUACAGCUGCUAUUGCUCCUUUUGUCAAAGAUAUAUUGGACAGUCUAGAAUUUGCAAGGGGGAGCGCCGAAUCAACAUGGGGUUCUGUUAGAGCUGCGAUGGGGCAUCCUGAACCAUUCCCAGUCAAACAUGUUGCAAUUGGAAACGAAGAUUGUGGGAAGAAAAACUACCUUGGAAACUACCUCAAGUUCUACAAUGCUAUACGAGAGGCCUAUCCAGACAUUCAGAUGAUUUCAAACUGUGAUGGUUCCUCUACACCACUUGACCACCCUGCUGACUUAUAUGAUUUCCAUGUCUAUACCGAUUCCAAGGCACUAUUUUCCAUGAGGAACACAUUUGACAAAACCUCUCGUAGUGGGCCCAAGGCUUUUGUUAGCGAGUAUGCUGUUACAGGAAAGGAUGCAGGUAGAGGUAGCCUUCUUGCUUCAUUGGCAGAGGCUGCUUUCCUUACUGGACUGGAGAAGAAUAGUGAUAUUGUUCAAAUGGCAAGCUAUGCACCGCUCUUCGUAAACGAUAAUGACCAGACGUGGAACCCAGACGCUAUUGUGUUCAAUUCCUGGCAGCAAUAUGGAACUCCCAGUUACUGGAUGCAGAAGCUUUUCAGUGAAUCAAGCGGCGCUAUGAUCCAUCCAAUCACAGUCAGUUCAAACUACUCUGGUUCGCUGGCGGCAUCUGCUAUCACAUGGCAUGAUAAUGACAGCAGCUUCCUCAGAGUGAAGAUUGUGAACUUUGGGCCAGAUGCCGUGAGCCUCACAAUCUUGACAACUGGGAUCGAGGGCAGCGUCAAUACGCUCGGAUGUACUGCCACUGUUCUCACUUCUGGCAGUGUGAUGGAUGAGAAUUCAUUCACUAAUCCAAACAAGGUUGUGCCGGUGACGGUCCAGCUGCGCAACGCCGCGGAGGAGAUGCAGGUCACACUGUCUCCUCACUCUUUCACUGCGUUCGACCUUGCGCUGGCGCAGUCCAAGCUUGUAGCGGAGAUGUGAAGAAACAACACGGCGUUGAUGAAUAAUAUGAAGAUAGGCAAGCACCAGCAGGCAAGCACGGAAAGGUGUCAGUGCGGUCUUGUCUUGAUAAAGCACUGCAUCUUGUCUGCAUUGUAUGGCACGAAUGAAAUAAUAAAUGAAAAUCACAUCAAGUUAUUUGCUUUCUUUUUC